AUGGCUACUGAAAUGGAGGCGGCACCCGUCCUCUCGACGCCGGACACGCGCAUCCUCGAGGCCACCGAACCCGUCAUUGCGCAAGACGCACACCGCACCGUAUCGGACGAGGAGCUCUCCAUCACCUACGAUAUCGAGCGCACGCUGAAGGAGAUCCGCCAGGCGCGGUACAAGCGCAUUGCCCUCCAGUUUCCGGAUGAUAUGCUCCCCGAUGCGCCCCGAGUGUUCCAGCUUCUCAGCCGGGGUCUUGCCCGCCGUGAGGUGGUUGAUAACAGCGACGUUCAGGAUGCCGGGACCGGGAUGGACAGCGGUGCGGAAUCGGGUGAUCUGACUCAGUCUGUGUCCCAGAUGAAUAUUGGCGAUGCGGAACCGGAGCCCAGGCUGUACAUUUUGGCGGAUACCUCCUACGGAACGUGCUGUGUCGACGAGGUGGCGGCGGAGCAUGUCAACGCAGACGUUGUGGUGCACUACGGGCGCUCCUGCUUGUCCCCGACUGCCAGGCUCCCCGUCAUAUAUGUGUUUACGCAUAAGGAGCUGCCCCUGGAGCCAGUCGUUCAGGCCUUCAAGGCGACCUACCCCGACCUCUCCGCGAAGGUCAUCCUCGCAGCGGAUGUCACCUACUCCGAUCAUGUUCCGACUGUCUACGCGCGCUUGGUAGAGGAAGGAUACACUAGUCUGUACGCUACGGAGCUGGUCCAUUGCCCGUCCUCUGCCAUUCCCAAUCGGACGGUUCCGGAUUCGGUGCGCGAGAUCCCCGAAUCUCUGUCGGAGUGGCAGCUCUUCCACAUUUCCGAUCCGCCUACGGCGCUCCUCCUGACACUUGCGUCUCGCGUGGCUGCGAUUCACAUCUACCCUACCAGUGACACCCCCAGCGAUAAUGUCAAGCCACUGCCGGCGUCCACUUCAGCUGCGCUGCGGCGUCGCUACGCUAUCUUGACCAGACUCAGUACUGUUCCGAUCUUCGGGAUUUUGAUCAAUACUCUCAGUGUCAAGAACUACCUCCACAUCGUGGAGCAUGUGAAGGAGAAGAUCGCUGCCGCAGGCAAAAAGAGUUAUAUGUUUGUUGUAGGCAAACUGAAUGCAGCCAAGGUGGCCAACUUCAGUGAGAUUGGUGGCUGGGUCGUGAUUGGAUGCUGGGAGAGUUCCCUAGUCGACAGCAAAGAUUUCUGGAAGCCGGUGAUCACCCCGUUUGAGUUGGAGCUUGCUCUUAAGGGGGAUACCGAGAGAAUCUGGACUGGAGCCUGGCAGAGCGAUUUCCAGAGCGUCCUGGACCAGCCUACCGAGGCAGAUCAAACGGGCGAUGCUGAGGAGCCCUCGACAAACGGCGACGACGACGACAACGACAUGUCAGAACCCGAAUCCGCACCUCCCGAGUUUGAUCUGCGAACCGGUCGCUAUGUCUCUCACACUCGUCCGAUGCGGAACCCUGCACCCCGCGUUUCUGCUCAGGGUGAUGAUGUAGUGUCUGCUGCCGGGGGGCCGGCUGCUGCCCGCGCUCUAGCGAGGCGAGCUAAGGGAGACUUGGCCAUGAUCGGCGGAACCGUCUCGCCAGGGGCGGAAUUUUUACGGUCGCAACGGACCUGGAAGGGGCUGGGGAGUGAUUUUGAUAUCCAAUACGAUGAAGAAGGUCCGAGCGAUAGCACCGUGAUCGUGGAAGGGCGCAAGGGUAUUGCAAGGGGAUACACAGUUGGCGAUUCUGCGCAGAAACACUAG